GACGACAUCUGUUCCAUGUACGCCCACACUGAAGUUGUUCUGUUCUGCUUGGAUUCCUUUUCGCCGCUAGAGGGCCUUGUAAACAAACCAGGGUGUGCAUUCUCCUGAUUUUCUUGGAGUUUUGCGAGGGAUCCAGCGAGCCUGCGCCUACCAUAUCACACAGUCACCUGUAGUAAGACCCUGUCAUCGCAUUUUUGGCAGUUGGGACUUCUGGUGUUUGGACUUUGGCUGUAAAUUGGAGGUUAAAUCACGUCGGCCGGACAGGGAGUUCCCUGCACAGGGAGCUCCUCGUAUGCGCAUGCGCAAUGCUUCCAGUUUGACGUUGUCAUGACGUCAUGCUGCUCACUGCUUGUGUCCUGCGUUCCCCAAGCCCUGUUUAAGUGAGCAAUGGAGUACAACAGCCCUGUCACUCACUCUCUCCUCGAGGACGACCUCGACCUUAGUGAUGAGGGUGAGUGGCCUUCAAUGCCACAAAAGGAUCAGCAGAGCUCGGCAGCAGCCACGAGUGAGGCUGGAGUUGCCCUCCCCGACGACGAAGCUUCAAAUCUUGUCAACCAAACUUCAUCGGCUAAGCGUCUUCUCAACAGUUCGUCUGACAGCAACGAUGCCUCAUCUUUGCCUGCUCCCAAGGCGGCUAAGCAGGGAAUAGCUUCUGUUCCCCGUGACGUCCCUUCUGCCACUUCGUCACUCUCCUCUCCCUCCUCUGAGCCAUGCAUCUCGCCUCUGCCCUCACAGCCCGCGCCAGUUCCUCCAGCCUUUGCUCCACGGGAUGGUUACGUAAAGCUCCUCUUCCAAGGCUCUCCAUCGGUGGAGACCAAGCUACUUUGGCUCUCUGAAGUCAACAAGGGCUUCAGUCUGGAUUGGAGCCUUGCUGAAGUCAAGAUGUCCGCUGUAACGUCUCAGUUCAUCUACAUCUCCAGAAGUCGCACGGACAUUAUUGACAGUGUGACUAAAGGGGAAUAUCUGUCUUUGUUCCUUGAUAUGUAAGACGCGCCUCAAAGGUCUCAAAAAUUGCCUACCUACCUACUGACUCGUUAUCCUGUCUGUGUUGAGCCUUCCUUGGCCAUGGUUUUGUCUGGGGUGUACAAAGCAAAGCGUUUCAUUCAGGAUGAUGAACCCAUCAGUCACAUCGUCAUCACCUGGAGCCUUCCUGAACUCCCGCCGCCUUUUAUUACUUUUGACUUUCUUUCCAGUCUCCCACCAUGCGAAGUACGCAGGGUGAAGGAUGAGCAGCCCUGGUGCUUUAGGUGCUGGGGCCUCGGCCACAUCUCGCGCUACUGUUCCCGUCCUGAGAAGUGCGCCUGGUGCUCUGGCCAGCAUCAUUCCCUCGCCUGCCCUCGCCGGUCCCAGCCUCCCUCUACUGGCCCCGCACCAGUCUCACAGGACUGAAUCAACGGUGCAGGGAUCAGACACACCUACAGCAGAUACCUCGAAGUGGAAAUGCCCUCGCUGCCGUCAGCCAGGUGUCAACGUCUGGCAUGGGUGUUUAAGGCGCCCCGCCACCUCCGCUCCGCCUUCCGCCCCACAGUCUGCUCAGCGCACGUCCGUUCCACCCCAGGCCUCCUCCCCGCCGGUGAUGGACGCUGGUUUGGUGGCUCCUGAGGUUGCCUCACUUAAGGCUGCUGUGGAGUUGAUGACGUCUCAAUGCUCCUUGUAUGCUGCUCGUUUCGAGGCCAUUGAACGCAGAAUGGAGGGAUUUGCCAGCCAGCAGGCUGAAAUAAACACCAAGGUUUCUGCUAUGAUGGACGCGCUCCAAGCACUUACUGUCACCGUCACUACCCUCGCUGGCAGGGUUGACUCCCUCGCCACACACCGAGCGGGUUACUGCUCUACCUCCAGCAUCCUUGUCCUCCUGCAGUGCGCCGCGGAGAGUUGGCCACGCCUCCCAUUCGUCUUCCUCUGGUCGUGCCAAGCUAAAGAGUAAUAAUAGAUAGCCAGCCACAGCUUCACGUCCUCUCCUGGAAUGCCUGUGGCCUCACUCAUUGCCUUAAGCAAUCUGCCCUCAAGAGUUAUGUGCAGCAGCAUCAUUCUGAUAUUAUUUUAAUUCAAGAGGCUUUUGUUGGCCAUCCUGUGGCACAAAGGGGUGCGCCGCCGUCGCUUCGUGCCUACAUUCCCUACGUUCAUCAUGCUCAGAACGGUCUCAUCACCUACGUUCACCCUGCUGUACGGCACAGGCUGCUCCGGUGCUCUACACAUGAUGACACGAUCUUUCAACUGCUUGAGGUGGCAGCAGGCACUGGUACGAUUUGGCUGUGCAAUGUCUAUGUGGCUCCAGGCCAGAUAGACACUGCUGUUCUCCCCACUCCAAGUGUUCAAGGCACCAUUUACAUGGGCGACUUUAACGCCCGGCAUCCUGCUCUGGGUGACAUCUCUCCGACACCAAAUCGCAACGGGACACGCCUAGAGGAAUGGCUGCAUCAUUACCGGCUAACACGAUGGGAUACUGGCGGUGCCACGCACUCAAGAGGAGGCACUCUUGACCACAUCUUGACUCAGGGCCCGGUGACAUCCAAUGUCACGUGCUCCUCUGUGCCCACACUGUUUUCUGACCAUCUUGCCCUCGCCCUCCAUUACUCUCUCCCAGCCGCCCCUCCCCACCUCCACCGUCGCAUCCGCAUUACCAUUCCUCCUAAGUACUGCCCAACGUAUGUCUCCUACAUGUCAUCCGCCGUUCCUACGUUUCCUAUGACCUCUCCUGAAGACUUGUACUCCUCCAUUGUCACCUCAACACACUCCUUUUAUGACCACUAUGUUCGCAAGCUGCAUGUCAAGCGUCGUCCGCGAGCUCAAGCCUGGACACUGGAUCACCGCAUUACCAUGGCAGAGAGAAAGGCGAGGGAGGAUGGCCUUUCCUUCCAAACUCACCCCUCCCCGGAGAAUCUGCGGAGGUAUCAGUUGUCCAGGAACAAAUCGAAUCGAAUCGAAUCGUUUAUAGGAAAGAGGGGUGAAGGAAGAGUAGUAUAUGUAUAAGAAUAAAAGCUAGAAAUAAUGAAGGACGUAAAUGAAGAUAAAAGAUGGUGGGCUAACCACCUUGCUAUUUUUUUUUAUUUGUUGUUAUAUCAUUUGCGUACUCGUCGCAUCUUCAUCUUAUAAUUUCUUGUUUUUAGUAUUAAUUAUGCCUCAUAAUUAUUCACAUAAUGAAUUUCUGUUAUGUGUUUGUGAAGGGUAUUGGUGUUCUGUGUGUUUGCUCCAUGUUAUGGCACGGGCCGAGUCUGGACUCCCUGUUACACCAUAGAAGAGUCUAGCAUUGACUCUACCCCUACUCCCUCGCUAACACCACGCAACUCUUACCCCCUCAAGAUUGGUCCCUGGAUGACAGCGACUCAGGAUGAGGUACAACCCUCUCCCUCAACUCCGCUAGCUGGAGGCCAGCAAGCUCUACCAAUGGCCAGUACCCCUCGGCGGCGAACUACUAAGUGGAGUGACCACGAAGCCUGUCACACCGGCUCACCGCCGACUCAGGGCACGGAGUGGGGAGAGAGGAUUCCAGCUGCGUUUCCCGUGUGAAGCGAGUGUGCUUGCUUGUUAUGUAUUGUAUUGUAGUAACAUAAUGUUCUUUUCCUUUCAGAUGUCCUGUGUAUGGUGUGUUUGGUGUUCUGCCAUCUUCAGGAGUAUGGUAAGUGAAGGUAAGUGAUUCCAUGUAAGUUUGUUUACUGUCUGUUGGGUUGCUAGUAGUUUGGGGUGGGUGUAGUGCUGCAUGCUUGUAGACUGCUUGGGAAGUCUCGGUGGUAUUUAUUUAUAUGUUCAAUGUUGUCUUUGAGGUUUUGGAAGACUGGUAUGUCCAGCACAUCAAUCCUUUCCCAUAUUGCCUUUGCUCUGUUGUGUAUUCUUAUGUUUAGAGGUGUUGUUCUGGUGUGUAUGUGUAUUUGUUCUGUUGUCAUAGUGUAUGGGUAUUUUUGAUUGGUGGCAAAUCUUAAGGCUUUAUUUUGUAUUUUCUGAAGUUUGCUUAUUUGGUUUUUACUCAUAGUGCGUAUUGGGAUAGGUGGAUAAUCAAGAAUGGGAAGGAUUAGUGUUUUAACUAGGUGUAUUUUAAUGUUUUCUGGCAUAUUGUAUAGCUUGUAUAAUUUAUUUAGUGCUGAGUCUGCUAUGUUUUUACGUUGCUGAAUGUGCUUGUAAUAACGAGAGGUGGUUAUGGUUAAUCCUAAGCAUUUGCCCUUAUUUUUUUAUUCUAUUUCUUCCUCAUUAAUGUUAAGUGGAAAAGUUCGUUUGGCUGCAAGAUGGAGAGGUGUGAAUUUAUUAACGUUGGUUUUGAUUUUCCGGGUUUUUUCAUAGUCAUUAACUGCCUUUAUUGCUUGCUCAGUUUUUAUGUUUAGCAUGUUCUUAGAUCUCCCUGGGUAGCCAAUGAUUUGUGUUAUAUCGUCUGCGAAACUGAUGUUGAGGUUUUGUUGAGGGUGUUGUAUAUCAUUGGUGUAAAUUGUGAAGAGUGUUGGUGACAGGACACUUCCUUGUGGUACUCCGCAUUUCAGGUUAAAUCUUGGUCCUGUAUGGUUAUUUAUUUUAAUGGAUGCUGUGCGGUCUGUUAGGAAAUCACAUAAAAAUUUUUCGAUAGUUAUUGGUAGGUACAACUGAAGUAAUUUGUGUUUUAAUCCAUGAUACCAAACCUGGUCAAAAGCUUUUGAUAUGCCUCUUAAUAUUAGUUGACACUGGCCUUUAUCUGAUUUGUAUUGCGCUGUUUGCUCAGUGAUGAUUGCUAAUGCAUGUGUGGUGCCCCUGUUAUUACGAAAUCCAAACUGGUUGGUGUUGUAUAAAUUUUUGGUCUCAAGGUGAGUUUUCAGUCUGGUAUUGAUUAUUCUUUCUAAUAUUUUGCCUGGUACUUCUAGUAGCGAAAUUAGUCUGUAGUUUUGAGGUUGUUGUGGGGAUUUGUCGGGUUUAGGUAUGAGUCUGAUAAUGGCAUUUUUCCAUCUAUCUGGGAAAUAUCCUGCAGAGAUGGCACUGUUGUAUAUGUCUGUGAGUCUUAAUAUUGCUGAGUCUGGUAGGUGUGAUAGGAUGGUUUUGUUUAUCCCGCUUUCACCCUGUCUGGUACUCUUAAGACUUUGAAUUAUGUUUCUAACUUCUUCGGUGGUUACAUGAUUUCUUCGGUGGCUACCAUCAUGCCUUUGGGGUGUGUGCUGAGUCUGGUUGUGUCAGAAUUAUUAUAGGGGAUUGUUCUUUGUAUAUUAUCUCGGAUGUUUUGUAGUACUACUUCAUUAAUGUUGUUAUCUUCGUCAUCAAGCUAUCCAUUAAAUAUUUCUCUCCAAUAUUCCCUGUGUACUCUUUCCUUAUCCCUGUUUGUGUAAACUUUGAUGUUGUUUUUGCUUAAUAUGUAGUGAGGUUCUUUUUCUUUAUUACCGGUCAAUAGUUUUAUUUUUUUCCAAAAUAUUGUAGGGUCUUUGUAGGUACUGGAGACUUUAUUAAUGAGUGUGUGCCAGUGUUCUCUGUUUUCAUUUAUGAGUGCUUCGUUUAGAAGUGUCUGUAUUUGUUUUUAAUAUCUGUAAUUGUUAAAAUUCCAUCCAUGAACACUUGAAUAUGUUUGCAAUUCAGUGAAAAGUGUUUUGAGAAGUUUUGUUGUGUCAUUAUGUUUGGGUGAGGGUAGACAUUUAUAUAGUGAAGUGGGGAUUGAUUGCUGUGUUGCGUACUCUAUUCCUUGAUGCCAGUUGUCAGUUGCAGUGUGUAUUGUUUCAAGUGUUUCAUUGUCUAGUGUGUUACUAUGUAGUGUGUUGGUGACGUGUAUUUUGAAUGUUUCCCAGUUUGCUUUACUGUAAUUUGGUCUGGUAGGUGAUGGCAUUAAUAUAGGUGCGGUAGAUAUCGUAAAUAUAAUUGGUAUGUGGUCGCUGGUGGUGAGGGGUCCUGAUAUUGUAUGUGUGUUGUGGUAUGUUCUGUGGUUUGUUAAUAUUAUGUCAGGUGUUGUACCUCUUCUGUGUGUGUAAUAUGUAGGGAAUUCUGGCCUUAUGUGUUGUAUUAGCCUGUUUUGUAUGAGUGUGUUUUGCUGUCUUCCUUUCGUGUCGCUGUGAGUGUAACCUAAAGUGGGGUGGUUUGCAUUGAGAUCGGCUAGCAUGUAGACUGGGCUGUUGCGUCUAAAUAGUUUGGUGAAGUCGGGAAUUGGUAUAAAGCUUCUUGAAGGGGGUUGAUAUAGUGUGGAAAUAAUAAUUUUGCCAGUUGUGGUCAUGACUUCUAUUGCAAUUAAAUCAGAUAAAAAAAACAUCAAGAAGUUUAUAUUGUAUAUUCUUUUUAAUUGCUAUUGCUGUGCCAUCGGAAGUGUUAUUAAGGUGUGUGUAGGUUGUAUCCUGGGAUUUUAAUUGCUGUGUUUUCGUGUGUGCAGUGACUGUUUAUAAGUAUUACAUCAGGGUCAAUGGUUCUGUAUGUGUUAGAUAGUGAAAUCCUCCUAUUAAACCAGUGUAGUAUGCUGUGUUGUAUUAUUUUUGUUACGAAGGGCCAUGUUGUUAGUAUGUGCGUGUAUAUAUGUAUGUAUUUUUCAUUAUUUCAAUCAGACUUGUGUUAGCCUUCGGUAGCCUUGUCUCAAGCGUAUAACUUGUUUCCUUGAAUCUUUUCCCAAUAGACGAUAAAAAAAAAUGUGGCAACAAGCAAAGCUGUGACGUCAUCACCCCAGCUCCCGGCCGCUAUAUAAGCCGCCCCCCCCCCCGCCCAGAGGAACCUCACAUCGUCUCAAGCUCUCGUACAGACCACUCCUCCUGUGCGCAGUGCUCGCCAUGGAGGAUUGUCCAGACUGCAAAAACGUGCCUUACCAACAUCCUUGCGUAAAGCACGCCCCUUGCGUCACCGUCCCACACAAAGGUUUUCCGGGAGGUGUCAAAUGGAACCCUGCCACCUGCCUGCACUGCUCUUCCUGGGCGGACAUCUUUCGCAAGGACAACUCCAAAGGAGAGGAACUGUGUGCUGUCCUAAAACUGGUACAAAGACACCGUAUAAAAUCGCAUAUCCAGGAAGAUGCUGUGCUAGACCUCUUCCAGACUCAAGCUCUGCGGGACGAGUUUGGCACUCUCCUCCCUCGACUCCAGUCACGAACACAGAGCGUUUCCCGAACUCCCUCACGGGGGCACAGACGAACACGUUCCCCUCCCCCAAAACCACAGAGCUCCAAAACUGACAUCUCAGCUAUCUUCUCCUCCUCUGAUGAAGCUAAGCUGCGGUCCCCUAAGAAGAAGAGUAAGAAACGCUCUAGGAUGAGUUCUUCCUCCUCCUCUGGCGAGGCUGAGUUACAGUCCUCCAAGAAGGGUAAGAAACAAAUGAGGACGAACUCCACUUCCUCCUCCUCUACUUCUUCUCGCGUCUCCUCGCCCUGGCAAACCAAGUCUUCCAGACACAAGCCCUCGUAGAAGCGCAGAAGGUCCUCUUCACCCCCAGAAAGGAAAUCACGGAAGCAACGACACCGGCGCUCACCACCCUACCCUCCUCCAGGGCACAGAGCCCCCCCUUAUUUUCCUGAAGUUGGUGGACCUUCUGACCACUACGACCCUCAUACUCCCUACUUUUACCACGCCCCUGACGGACGUGUUUACCAUCAAGCUUACCCUCCCAUUUCCCAAGGGGUUUUCCUUCACAAUCCCCACUACGAUUACUCCCGUUAUGAGGACGACGUCCCGGAAGCAGAAUUCUCUGAAGCGGAGGAAAACCCCGCGGUAGAAACGGUAGCCAUUUCAGAGGAUGGUCAUUUCUCUCCCAAUUACACUCUGGACCGAUCCACUUCCGUCACUCCCGUCCUUCCUCCCGAGGGUACGGUUGCAGCCCAAGCGAAAACAGCCGCCAUGGAGGACUUCAACAGCCCCGCCUCCUCUCCGGAGGACCAACUUUCCAAGGUUUUCUAUCCCCCUGAUGGAGCCUCUGCCAUUUUUGAGGGUGCGACUAACCAAGUCAUCUUUCAUUACAAGUACAAAUCCUAUGGCAAGUUUGAGAUCGUCAAGAGUGAUCCCCUCAGCUUCAGAGUAGUUUACAAAAACCUCCUACAGUACACAGCUCCAUUCCUAGUGGACUGCUACGAUAAUCCGUCCUCCCGUCCAGCCUCAUCCCAAUCCUCGGGAGACCUCCAGGCCAGGCUUACCAUGUUCAACACCUCCCUAAUGGACAAGCUCGGAUUUUCAGCGACCAUGCACCCGCUCACCAUCCACCUCCAUAAGCAGUCCUCCCUCCACGGGGACCUCCUCAAGGCUCUUAACAAACACCGCCUAGCACGAACGGCCCAAAAAGACCUUCUCAAAUUGGUCAAAGGUGUUCCCUCCGCGGGCAUCCUGAAGCAUCUCGCAGCUUCCAAAGACCGGCCACUCACACCCAAGGUGCAACGGUUCCUCACCAUCACUGCAGCGGACGCUGCUGACUCCGUUGUUACCUUUCUAAACCUUCCCACAGCGGCAAGCUUCAAUCACAUUACGGAUCUUCCAACGGCUUACGCCUAUCUCACGCUCCCCCAGCACCAUAUGCUCGCUCUCUUUCAUUCUCUGAAGGAGGAACUUUUGUUCCUGAUUGGCACUUACAGUUUCAUUGCCGCGACUGACGAAUCGCUCAAAUCCAAAAGGAAUGCCAUACAUACCAAGCUUCCUUCCCACUGGCUGACCCACAACCUCCGGUGGUCAGCAUAUGGCUACAAGUCGUUUGCUAAGAUGGCCAUUCCCGUCGCAGAGAAACUUGGAGCCGUCACCCUUCUGCUCCGAAUGGACUCGCUUUCUUACCAGCGUGCACCCCAUCUCAGCGAACUUCUUGUCUACAACGAUGAUAUUGUUGGGCCAGCGAUCCUCCCUCUUGCAGGCAGAGGCUCUUUGAUGCUGCUAUCCAGGACCACGUUCUGAAGGUGGUUCCCUCCU